CGCGGCCCCGCGGACGCGCGUUCCGGGCUCCGCCGGCGAUUCGAGGCGCGCGCCCCGUCCCCGCCUCUCCCCCGCACGCGCGCGCCCCUCGCGCCGCCACCCCGCCCCUCCCGCGCGCGCGCGCGCGCCCCUCCCGCCGCCACCCCGCCCCCGCCGGUACCCUCGCCGGACCCGUGAGAGCGCGCCGCCGCCAUCUUAGUUGCUGCCGCCGCCUCCAGCCAAGCGCUGCCUCGGCGGAGGGGAGGGCGCCCGCGGCCCGAGCGCGCGGCCCAGCGUCGCGCCGGCGGCUCGGCGGCUCCCGGAGCUCUCCGCGGCGCGAAGCAGCCGGCCCCGGGCCGCCAGAGCCCCGCUCGGCGCCCCGCGCGCCUGCCUGCCGCUCCCGCCUCGGGCCGGCCGCGGCGCCGCGAGCCCGAGCGAUGCUGCGCCGCCCUGCGCUCGCGCCGGCCGCGGCCGCCUGGCUGCUGCUGGCCGGGCUGCUGAGCGGCGGCGGGGUCUGGGCCACGCGAGCGAACAAGCACAAGCCAUGGCUCGAGCCCACCUACCACGGCAUCGUCACAGAAAACGACAACGCGGUGCUCCUCGACCCUCCACUGAUCGCCCUGGAUAAAGACGCCCCUCUGCGGUUUGCAGAGAGUUUUGAGGUGACAGUCACCAAAGAAGGUGAGAUUUGUGGAUUUAAAAUUCAUGGGCAGAAUGUCCCCUUUGACGCAGUGGUAGUGGACAAGUCCACUGGCGAGGGCGUAAUUCGCUCAAAAGAGAAACUGGACUGUGAGCUGCAGAAAGACUACACGUUCAGCAUCCAGGCCUAUGACUGCGGCCAGGGGCCCGACGGCGCCAACGCGAAAAAGUCUCAUAAAGCAACUGUCCACAUUCAGGUGAACGAUGUGAAUGAAUACGCACCCGUGUUCAGGGAGAAGUCCUACAAAGCCACGGUCACUGAGGGCAAGCAGCAUGACAGCAUCCUGAGGGUGGAGGCCGUGGACGCCGACUGCUCCCCCCAGUUCAGCCAGAUUUGCAGCUAUGAAAUCGUCACUCCAGAUGUGCCAUUCGCUGUCGACAAAGAUGGUUAUAUAAAAAACACGGAAAAGCUAAACUAUGGGAAGGAACAGCAGUACAAGCUGACCGUCACCGCCUACGACUGCGGGAAGAGAAGGGCAGCGGAAGAUGUCUUGGUGAAGGUCAGCGUCAAGCCCGCCUGCAGCCCCGGCUGGCAAGGAUGGAGCAAGAGAAUCGAGUACGAGCCUGGCUCGGGCCCUCUGGCCCUCCUCCCAGACGCCCACCUGGAGACGUGCGGGGAGCCCGUGGCCUCGGUGCAGGCGAUGGUAGAGCUGGAGACCGGCCACAUCGGGAAAGGCUGUGACCGUGACACCUACUCUGAGCAAUCUCUUCACCGGCUGUGCGGCGCUGCGUCUGGCACCACCGAGCUGCUCCCGUCCCCGAGUGGAUCCUUGAACUGGACUGUUGGCCUCCCCACCGACAACGGCCAAGACAGUGACCAGGUCUUCGAGUUCAAUGGCACCCAAGCAGUGAGGAUCCCAGAUGGUGUCGUUUCCGUCAACCCGAAAGAACCUUUUACGAUUUCUGUGUGGAUGCGGCACGGGCCUUUCGGCAGGAAGAAGGAGACGAUCCUUUGUAGCUCAGACAAAACAGACAUGAACCGGCACCAUUAUUCACUCUACGUCCACGGCUGCCGCCUUACUUUCCUCCUCCGCCAGGAUCCUUCCGAAGAGAAGAAAUACAAACCUGCAGAAUUCCACUGGAAGUUGAAUCAGGUCUGUGAUGAGGAGUGGCAUCACUACGUCCUCAAUGUGGAAUUCCCAAGCGUGACUCUCUACGUGGACGGUGUUUCUCACGAGCCCUUCUCUGUGACCGAAGAUUACCCGCUUCAUCCAUCCAAGAUUGAAACUCAGCUCGUGGUCGGGGCUUGCUGGCAAGGCGGCGACCUGCACAUGACCCAGUUUUUCCGGGGUAACCUGGCUGGCCUGACCGUCCGUUCUGGGAAACUCGCGGACAAGAAGGUGAUUGACUGUCUGUACACCUGCAAGGAGGGGCUGGACCUGCAGCUUCCUGAGGACGGCGGGGGCGUGAAGAUCCAUACCAACCCCAGUCAGUUGGCGUUGACCUUGGAGGGAGACGAUGUUGGGGAGCUGGAUAAAGCCAUGCAGCACGUCGCCUACCUGAACUCACGGCAGUUCCCCACACCUGGGAUCCGAAGACUCAAAAUCACCACCACAGUCAAGUGUUUUAAUGAGGCCGCCUGCAUCUCAGUGCCCCCGGUGGACGGUUACGUGAUGGUGCUGCAGCCGGAGGAGCCGAAGGUCAGCCUGAGUGGGGUCCACCAUUUUGCUCGUGCGGCUUCGGAAUUCGAAAGCCCAGAAGGGGUUUUCCUUUUCCCUGAGCUUCGGAUCAUCAGCACCAUCACGAGAGAAGUGGAGCCCGAAGGGGAAGGGGACGAGGACCCCACAGUUCAAGAGUCGCUCGUGUCCGAGGAGAUCGUGCAUGACCUGGACACCUGAGAAGUCACGGUGGAUGGGGAGGACCUGAACCCGGCCCAGGAGAGCCUGGAGGUGGACACGGCCCGCCUGCAGCAGAAGGGCAUCGCAGUGAGCGGCUCUGACCUGGGCAUGGUCUUCACGGGUGUGGACACCAUGGCCAACUAUGAGGAGGUUCUUCGCCUCCUCCGCUAUCGGAACUGGCACACCAGGUCCCUGCUUGACCGGAAGUUCAAGCUCGUCUGCUCAGAGCUCAAUGGUCGCUACGUCAGCAACGAGUUUCAGGUGGAGGUGAACGUCAUUCACACGGCCAGCCCCAUGGAGCACGCCAGCCACAUGGCCGCCCAGCCGCAGUUCGUCCACCCGGAGCGUCACGCCUUUGUCGAUCUCUCAGGUCACAACCUGGCCAGCCCCCACCCGUUCGCAGUUGUCCCCAGCACCGCCACCGUUGUCAUUGUGGUGUGCGUCAGCUUCCUGGUUUUCAUGAUCAUCCUGGGGGUGUUCCGGAUCCGGGCUGCUCAUCAGCGGACCAUGCGGGACCAGGACACCGGGAAGGAGAACGAGAUGGAUUGGGACGACUCCGCUCUGACCAUCACCGUAAACCCCAUGGAGACAUACGAGGACCAGCACAGUAGCGAGGAGGAGGAGGAGGAGGAAGAGGAGGAGGAGAGCGAGGCCGGGGAGGAGGAAGAUGACAUCACCAGUGCCGAGUCGGAAAGCAGUGAGGAGGAGGAGGGGGAGCACGGAGACCAGCAGAGCGCGAACCGGCAGCAGCAGCUGGAGUGGGAUGACUCCACCCUGAGCUACUGAGUCCCCCCCCCCCGCCCCCACAACCCCCCCUUCCGCUUCAGGAGACUCCGCUGCCCCAGCCUCAAGGGUCCACGGUGUACAAAGUCAUUCCGGCCAGUAGGUCUGCAGACCCUCCCCGCUCGGUGUCACACCUGCCCUCCGCCCAGCUCGCUCUGAGCUCGCCGCGGCUCGCUCUGCGCGGCCCCCUCACGCCUCCAGAAAAGCUGCAAUCCCUGGACUCACUGACAAAGGGUUAAAAUUGCUCCCUCCCGCCUCGUAAUCCUUUCUUCUUUUUUUAAAGUCUUUAUUUUUUCCAAACUAGUGCAUGUAUAAAAUGGCAGAAUGGGGGUUAAUAUGUAGAUGAUGAACUGACUUUUUAAUAUUUUGUAAAUAAAUUGGGAUUCCUCGUGUCCUCCGUGCUAGUGUGACCCAGGACUGGCAUGCAGAGUGAGGCUUGAAACACAGGAGAGGCCCCGCGGGCUCCAGCCCCACCCCCACCCCAGAGGAGAGGGACCUGCCCUGCUUGGGCCCAGCUCAGUGCACACCCUCGGUGGGCGCCCCGGCGGUUCAGGGGCACGGACUUCCCCGCACUGCUCAGCAGCGGGGGACCGGAUCGGGAGCCCUCUCCGGAGGCUAGAAACAGCCAGCUCUUUGCUUUGGGAUUCUACCCGUUUCUGGUCUGACAGAGGGGUGGGGGUGCCGGGGUCCCUGGCCUCUUUCACACACUCCUCUGAGACCGUCAGCUCCUUGCACAGGAAGCUGGACUCCUUGUGUGCAGCCUCAGGUUCGUGCCUCCUCGACGUCCAACGCCCUGCCGGUGAGUGCGUGCACCGAUGGCGCGAAGUGUCCGGCCACUUGGCGUGGAGACAGAACCGGCCUGCGUGGCCCGCGCUCAACAACGUCCGAGGCUGAGUGCGGGCUUUCCCCCCAGCGGCCCCAGAGGCGAACCCCGCUCCCCAGGAGUGAGAGGCCCCGCUGCUCGGCCCGUGGGGGGUGGAAAAGGAGAGGACAAGUCAUGAGCUCAAACCCCGACAGCACUUUGUUUUUAAUUUACAUGUAAAAUUUUAGAUUUCUAAACCUGGGGGGGAAAUAAUCAUGAAUACUGUUCUGUGAUCAUAACUGCUAGUUUCGCGGACACUGCGGCUGUCACGCGUCGUGUGUGGCCGCCCCUCAUGUCCUGUCGCUGUAGCUGCUCUGUGUAGACAAUGGUAGAUGCUAAGGCAGACCCUGCGCGGUGUCACUUCGCACAUGUGUAUAUUGAUGAGGUCAGAAAGUGUCCCCGCCGCAAUAAAGCGCUGGCUCU